AUAUUUCCAAACUAAACGUCAAUUUUUAACGUACGUACCUACCUAAACGGCUGUGAAAGUGCGUUUUGAUUUUAAUUUAAAAUAUUUUACAGCUUUUCAGGCUGUUUUUUGACCAUAAAAGUUUUCUGCAACACUCUCAAUAUGUUCUCAACUAGCAGCCAAAGGAAAUUUUGGACUUUUAGUGACGAAACUGAACUGGCCCGCCAACGAGAGAAACACAACUUAGAGUUCAUAGCAAAACGCGGGCAGCACAUCGACGAAUAUCAAAGGUACAACUUCUUCCUGUCUCCAGAAGAAGAGAGACUGCUGUUAAAACAAUACGAACUUCAUUUGAAGGAGUUCUGUAAGAGAUUCGCGCCACCGAUGCCGAAAGGAGUUGUUGGUACAGCAUUUCAUUAUUUUAAAAGGUUUUAUUUGUACAACUCCUCCAUGGACUACCACCCGAAAGAAAUCCUAGCUACCUGCGUCUAUUUGGCUUGCAAAGUUGAAGAAUUUAACGUUUCCAUUAGCCAGUUCGUUGCAAAUAUAAAGGGGGACAGAGAAAAAGCGGCUGACAUUAUAUUAAACAACGAAUUGCUAUUGAUGCAGCAGUUAAAUUAUCAUUUGACGAUACAUAACCCUUUCCGACCUGUCGAAGGGUUUUUGAUUGACAUAAAAACUAGGUGUUCCCUCGCAAAUCCUGAACGCUUACGUAGUGGUAUUGACGAAUUCUUAGAGAAAGUAUUCCUGACUGAUGCGUGUUUGCUCUACGCACCAUCUCAGAUUGCAUUGGCUGCGGUGUUACAUGCAGCGAGUAAAGAACAAGAGAACUUGGACAGCUAUGUGACAGAUAUGUUAUUCCAUGAUGCUGGGUCUGAUAAACUAGCUAUACUUAUUGAGGCGGUCCGAAAAAUACGGUCCAUGGUUAAAAUGGUGGAAAGCCCUGCCCGAGAGAGGGUAAGGAUUAUUGAGAAGAAAUUAGAUAGGUGUCGGAACGAAGAAAACAACCCAGACAGUGAGAUUUACAAACGUCGGAUGAGAGAGGCAAUAGAUGAAGAUGACCCACCUCAUACUGGACCUAGCAGAAUGUCUCUGGAUAAUAGCGGGGUCUCUCAAAUGCUCUCACCCUCUGCAUCAUAAAAUGGAUAUAGGUAUAGCCCAUAACUGAGUAGGCUUCUGCGGGAGUGGAGGGUGACAAUGGUUACAAGUCGCUCUCGCAUCACAUUAUCACAUAACCCUUCAUAACUGAGUAACUAACUCAGUUAUGUGUUAUAUUACUAAUUAUAGUGUUAAAUACAAAUGCUUAUAAGUAGAGUUUGAUAGCUUUUGCUAACUUCACUCAUAACUGUUAUGUAAGGUGUCCACUCAGAUGAUAGGUUCUGUAUUAGUGAGUGAAAUGGGCAUAUUAUAUAAGUACACUGGAAGAGGUGUGCCAUUUUUUAAUAUUUUGUUUAUUUAUAUUCAGAUACACCCUUACAGAACCAAACGGGUAUGUGUUUAAUAAAAACUGCCAUACCCCUUCCAGGUAGCCCGCUUCCAUCUUAGACUGCAUAAUCACUUACCACCAGGUGAGAUUGCUGUUAAGGGCUAACUUGUAUCCGAAUAAAAAUAAAAAAAAGCUAUCUUGAUGUGCCACUAUGUGCAUUCAAUAAUGUGCAGGCACACAGAAUCGCGUAUUGUCAGUCUCGUAUUGCAAAACCUAAUUUCAUUGACAUGUCGGGCAUAGUAUCUGUAACUGCAAUUGUGAGAUGAACAGACUCUUCAUGUCACAGCUCGCUGCACCCACGGGGGAAGAUGUAAAUGCACCUUACAUACCGCAAUUUUACUAGUUUUACAGUGUGAGUGAAGUUCGCAUUUGAUUUCAAACUGCUUAUUAGCACAGCCCACAGGAAUAAUAAUAUAGUACCUCGCAGUAAAUAUUACACUGUGUUAGAAAGAGAUAAUCAUCAGUUUCGGCUUCGUAGAGCGUCAUCUCUGUCGGACUGAAAGUCAGUGACAAAACGUCAGGUAUAGUGUGUGUGAGUGAUAGAGACGGCUAGCUACGAAACUGAAACUGCUGAUUAUCUCCCUCUAAAGUUGAUGUGUAAUAUUUACUGCCCGGCACUGUACCUACAUGAUUAAGUAUGAUUAAGUUUUGACUACAUAUAAUUAUAGACAUGAAAUAUAAAUAAGUAUUUGGACAUAUUUUUUGUA